AUGGUGGAUUCAGAAGAUUCACUUAAUGCACCUACACCAGAAUUGAUCCCUCUACACCACCCUGGAGAAAAGAGCACAAGUUCUGAGUUCAGAUAUUUAAGGGGACAAAAUUUACUGUUUCAUUCCCUAAGAGGGGGAGACUGGCUGCUGUUAUGUGUUGGAACAUGCUUUGCAUUUAUUCAUGGUAUCUGCUUUCCCCUCAUCACUCUGAUACUGGGACAUAUGACUGACAUCCUGCUCUCACAAGCUGAACAGAGAUGUAACAGUUCCAACUCUUCUCUCAGUUACCUCUCACAAUAUGAUGAGGAAACAGACAGCUAUGAAGAACUGUCUAUAGAAAACUUACUGCAGAACACAUCAUCUGGAUUUGUCAACCCACAACAACUUCUAGAUAUCUUCAGUUCUGAGCCUGGCUCCAUAUCACAGGAAGAAUUUGAAGAUCUGCUGUCAUUACUGUCUGCUAUUCUAGGCAUCACUGUUCUUGUAGCAGCUUUCCUGCAGGUGAAGUUUUACACUGUCAAUUUCAUUGCAGUUUGUCAGAAUGAUAAUCCAUUUUGCUGGGAAUUGUGUAGCAGUCGACAGCUGCAUUGUUUGCUACAAGAUCUAUUCUGCCAGCUUCUUUGGCAAAAUAUGGCCUGGUAUGACUGUCACAAAGAUAAGGAUCUUGCUUCACAGCUCAUCAGCCAUGUGGAUCAGAUUCAUCACGGGACUGGUGCCAGAGCAGGGAUGUUACUACAAUACUCUGCUACAUGUGCAUCAGGUUUCAUCAUUGCUUUCAUUGUCAACUGGCGCCUAACUAUCUUCAUACUUCCAUUGUUUUUUCAGUGUUUAGUGGCUCCACAUCUUCUGGACAAGGUUUACUUGCAUUUGACAUCAAAAAGAUAUCAUGAAGCUGGUCAGAUAGCAGAAGAAAUUCUGUCAAAUUUCCAACCUGGUGAUGACACAGAUGGAACAGCAGUGGAGCUUAACUGUUACAAAGAAGCAAUUCAGCAAAGUCAGAAGGCCACUUUGAAGAGAUACUACAGUAUUAUCAGUGGCAUGUUGGUUGUGUACCUGGUAGCAAAUGCUGUAUUGGCUGUAGCUCUGUGGCAAAAUUGGAAACUGAUAGAAAUGGGGUGCCUAGCACCUGGAGCAGUGGCCACAGUGUUUUUCAGUGUGAUUGGCGGAAUGUUAUCAAUAAACAAGAUCCUGCCACUUGGUGCUGCUGUAAUGUCAGCCACUCAGUCUGCUGCUGCUCUCACAGUUAUCAUUGACAAUGCUUCUGCAGAAAAGGGAACAGAACUUACCAAUAAAACUGAAAUCACUGGGAAAGUACAAUUCAAAGAUGUCAGUUUCAGUUAUCCACUUGAUUCUAAGAAACAGAUGUUGCACAAUGUGAACUUUGAAAUUGGGGAAGGUCAAAGUGUUGCAUUUAUGGAUGUCAGUGGAAGAAUUCCAACUACUGUGAUGGAUUUGUUGUUAGGGUUUUACAAACCUACAGCAGGGGAGGUACUAUUUGAUGGAACCCUGGGCUGCCCUCGAAGUGUAAUUGCUGUUAUAAGUUUUGAUCCAGAGCUCUACACUUGUCUGUCUGUACUUGAUAACAUUCAACUUGGUCAGAAGAAUGUACAGUUCAGUCAAAUGGUUCAAGUGGCAGUAAACGUUGGUGUCCAUGGCUAUAUUCCAGGUCUUCCUCUGGGAUAUGAUACACUGGUUGGGGAGCAGUUUUCAGCAGACCUGAAACAACGCAUGGCCUUGGCACGGGCUGCAUUGCGUGAUCCCAAGAUAUUCAUAAUUGAUGACAUCACAUCAAAUCAUGUUAUGGAUACUCAGUACAACCGAAUAUUGAUUGAAACUUUACGUGAAGUUAUGGCAGGUCAUACUAACAUUAUCUUGUCUCAAAAGCUUCCCAUCAUCCAGCAUGCCAACAUUAUCCACGUAUUACAGAAUGGAACGCUAUGUGAAUCUGGGUCCCACACAGAACUCAUGGCCAGUUGUCAAGUGUACCACAGUUGGGUCAAAACACAGGAGAGAGACAAAGAGGACAUCAAUAUAGCUAAGGACACUAUGCAACAAAACAGCGCAGACAGAAAACACAGGAAGACGUCAGAAUUUGUUCUUUCACUGCAGCUGGCAGAACGGGAUGCUCUAACCAGUAGCACCAAAUGUUCCAUGUUAUGCCUCUACUCACCAGACUGGCUACUGUUAAUAUUCUGUAUGCUGGGUAAUAUCUGUACAGGACUGGGACUGCCAGCAUUUGCCCAUUUGUUUGGAGAUAUUUUUGUGUUUUCCAAGAAGACAAUGCUCCAAUUCACACAGCUGGAACUGUUCGGUCAUGGUUAUAAGAGCAUGAAGGUGAACUUCAACAUCUUCCCCGACUAG